GAGCUCCUGCGAGAGCAACUCUUUCAGUUGCUCGACGAUCACCGAUCAUAAGAGACGUUCUUAAGUGAAAAAUUCGCGAAAAUUUGGUGGUUUCGGUAAAAAAAAACAACCAAAUUAUUACGGAAGAGAUUCUCGAUGAACAAUUUUUUUUUGUGUACAAGAAUUCUGAGUGAUUGUAAAUGAUAAUCAAUUGGUGGAUUAAAUUCUCAUAAUUUGUGGAAUAAAUUCAACUAAAAUGCCUCAGAAUCACCAAGGACAUAAGAAGAAGAAACACCAUAAACAUCAUCAUCACGAUAAAAAUAACAACAAUGCCAGUACUUCGGGGGAUUCGGGAACUGAGAUCUCUUCAAUUGGAUCUUGGGAAAGCUCAAGUGAUUCCGACAAGAAGAACAACAAUGCUAAUCUACCAUACAGUGUAGCUUUUUCUGCUACAAUGGGGCGUUACUUAGUGGCUGCUCGAGAUCUAAAGCCGGGAGAUAUUAUAAUUCAAGAUCAUGUACUUACGAUUGGACCAGCUGUGGACAGUGGAAUGGUAUGCUUGGGAUGCUAUACACCAAUUUCAACACGAUCUCCAAAAUGCCUGGGCUGCGGAUGGCCAUUGUGUUCAGCAAAGUGUCCAGGUUACCGGGAGAAAUUUGGGCACAGUCGCACUGAAUGCUCCCUGUUGAGGGAGAAAAGGGUUGCAGAUGUCCUGGAAAAAUGUCCAGGCAAGGCUGAAAUGAAGCAAAUCUAUGAGUGUAUCUUACCAUUGAGGUGCCUCUUACUCAGAGACACAGAUCCUAAACGUUGGUCUAUAUUGAUGGGCAUGGAAAGUCACAAUACGGUCAGGAGAAAACUACCAACUCUAUGGAAUAGGAAUCAGGAGGUGAUUGUUAACCGUUUAAUAAAUGAUUGGGGAAUGAAACAGUUUUCAGAAGAAGAGAUUCACACAAUCUGUGGUAUCAUUGAGGUCAAUUGCUUCGAAGUAGGUCACAAUGAAUCACGUGCCAGAGCUCUAUAUCCAUCCGCUUUUCUGCUGGCACAUGAUUGUCGUCCUAAUACAACACACACCGAUGAUCCCAUCACUCAUGAAUUGCACAUUCGAGCUACAACACCUAUUUCUAGGGGAGAAACCAUCACCCUAACGUAUGCCUAUACCUUGCAAGGCACCUUGAAGCGUAGGGAACACCUGCAAGAGGGAAAAUUCUUCUGGUGCUGCUGCCAGCGUUGCAUUGAUCCUACAGAAUUUGAAACCUUCUCCAGUGCCCUGGCAUGUCCAAAAUGCGCUAGGGGAGUUAUCCUAGCCACUGAACCACUCAACCAGACAGCUCCUUGGAAAUGUCGAGACUGUGGCUACCUUGUAAGUGCUAAAUCUAUGAACAUCCUAGUGGAUCGGAUAUUUGAGGAACUUGAAUCGCUUGAUGUCAAUAAUAUAGAAAACCUAGAGGAAUUCCUUGAGAAAUACCGCAAUGUCCUUCAUCCAAAUCACUAUCUUAGCAUUUCUGCUAAAUACUCCCUCUGUCAAUUAUACGGGAAAUUUGAGGGAUAUCUUAUUCGUGAUCUCUCAGCUAAGGACCUCAAAGUCAAAGAAACCUACUGUCGUGAUGUUCUACGUGUUGUGGAUCAAUUGGAGCCAGGUAUGUCCCGUCUUCGAGGUGUAAUCAUGUAUGAACUUCAUGCACCCAUCAUGAUCCAAGCCACAAGGGCAUACGAAAAUAAAGAGAUCAAUGCUGAAGAGCUGAGAAAGAGACUGAUGGAAGUAUACCACUUGCUGAAAGACAGCGAAGCCAUACUCGCAAUCGAACCUGAAGGAUCGCAAGAGCAAACAAUGGCAUGGGCCGCUAAAUUUGCUCUACAACGACUUAAAAAGUCCCUUACGAAAAUCAACAAAUGAUCCUGAUACAUAUUUUAUUAAGAAUAAAAGAACUAAAAUACGAAAGCUAAAAGUCAAGAAAACAAUAUUUUUUAUUGUUUUUUUUUAAUUAAUUAAUAAAAAAAACCUUACUUUCCUUCUUAAUUCUUUUUAAGAACACUUUAAUGUUAAUGGAAUUAAAAAGUUUAGAAACGGUAACAAAAUGUAUUUAUAAAUAAAUGGUUUAUGAUUGGUGUU